UCCCGCCCGCCAUGCCCGGCCCGGCCGCGGGCAGCAGGGCCCGGGUCUACGCCGAGGUGAACAGCCUGAGGAGCCGCGAGUACUGGGACUAUGAGGCUCACGUCCCGAGCUGGGGUAAUCAAGAUGAUUACCAACUGGUUCGAAAACUUGGUCGGGGAAAGUAUAGUGAAGUAUUUGAGGCCAUUAACAUCACCAACAAUGAGAGAGUGGUUGUAAAAAUUCUCAAGCCAGUGAAGAAAAAGAAGAUAAAACGAGAGGUUAAGAUUCUGGAGAACCUUCGUGGUGGAACAAAUAUCAUUAAGCUGAUUGACACUGUGAAGGACCCCGUGUCAAAGACCCCAGCUUUGGUAUUUGAAUAUAUCAAUAAUACAGAUUUUAAGCAACUUUACCAGAUCCUGACAGACUUCGAUAUACGGUUUUAUAUGUAUGAGCUACUUAAGGCCCUGGAUUACUGCCACAGCAAGGGAAUCAUGCACAGGGAUGUGAAACCUCACAAUGUCAUGAUAGAUCACCAGCAGAAAAAGCUGCGACUGAUAGACUGGGGUCUGGCAGAGUUCUACCAUCCUGCUCAGGAGUACAAUGUCCGUGUAGCCUCGAGAUAUUUCAAGGGCCCGGAGCUCCUUGUGGACUAUCAGAUGUAUGAUUACAGCUUGGACAUGUGGAGUUUGGGCUGUAUGUUAGCCAGCAUGAUCUUUCGAAAGGAGCCCUUCUUUCACGGACAGGACAACUACGACCAGCUUGUUCGCAUUGCCAAGGUUCUGGGUACAGAUGAGCUGUAUGGUUAUCUGAAGAAAUAUCACAUAGACCUAGAUCCACACUUCAACGAUAUCCUGGGACAACAUUCACGGAAACGCUGGGAAAACUUUAUCCAUAGUGAGAACAGACACCUCGUCAGCCCCGAGGCUCUAGAUCUUCUGGACAAACUUCUGCGAUAUGACCAUCAACAGAGACUGACUGCCAAAGAGGCCAUGGAGCACCCGUACUUCUACCCCGUGGUGAAGGAGCAGUCCCAGCCUUCUGCAGACAAUGCUGUGCUUUCCAGUGGCCUCACGGCAGCCCGGUGAAGACUUGGAAGGCGACGGGUAAUGCGGCAUUGAUGCUUGCCAAUAAAACCAACCAACCAAACCCAAAUCUUGAAGGAAAACUACAAUGUGAUAAAAAGAAAUUCUAGUCAUUCCUUCUAAAUGCAAAGAAGAGUAAAGACCUAACUGUCUGUCAAAAAGAAAGAAAUCCCCCAGUACUAGUCUACAGGGAGCUGCCGUUGUGGCAGCAGGACGAUGCCCAUAGUUCAGGAUCUGAGGGAACGUUCCCUUUGGAAUGCAUGGGAGAGGAGAGACUCGGAGUUGUUGUCCAUUUACCUUUAUUUAACAGGAGGCUACUGUUGAAUUAACCCGUUCAGUCAACAAGCUCUGAAUAUCUGACUUCCUAUCUAUUCCACUGUGGUCUGGGUUUCCUUUGGUGUGAGAUUCAGGCUCAAGAUUUAGCAAAACGUCAGCAGUCUAUACUGACACACCAGCCUCAUUUAUGAAAAGGAGAUAUUAAAACAGUGACAGUAUUUUUUUUUUUAAGCUCUUUUACAAAUUCAUGUUUUAUGUAUUUUUUUAUGACAUGAGCUCUCUGGGAAAUGUACCUCACCCCUGCAGUUUUCUUCUAAGUGUAUUCAUUUGGGAGCACACUGCGGGCGCUCACGAGAGGCCCCUUUGCCGUCAGUAGGCAUCACUUGAAACCUUGUGACGCCGUGAACAGGUCCUCUGUCUCAUCAGAAGUGUGAUGCGCAGUGCAUAACUUGGAGCUCACUGUAACCUUUGUUGAUUUGCCUAACCAUAAAAUCUUGUUGCUAUUUUUUCCGUGUAGCCUUUUUUUUCUUUUUGCAGCCUUGUAAGGAAAACCUCACCAUUUCCCAGCACAUACAUCCCUGUGUGUGCACCCGUUUUCAUGCACCUCUCUGAAAUAGAGACUUUUUGGUCAUAACCAUAAUGAAAGCUGGAAAGUAGGUCUUCAGGCCGGUUGGGGAAUGAGGGAAACAUCCUAUUAGAAUGUAUUUAGGAAAAGACCUAUUGAGUGAGAAAAUGUACUCUUCCCCCACCCCCCACCCUUUUUGCCUUUUUAUCCCCAUGAGAAGCAAUUUCCCUCUAUAAUCAGGGUAAGCUGCAUUUGGAAGCUCCAAGAAUUCAUAUGUGAACGCGAUGGCAGAGCUGUCCUUCUCACGGGCAGGGACUGGGGUCGUGUGUGCAGGGCCAGCCCCUACCCCAGUGACUGAGCAGUCAUCAUCUGGGGAGCCUGGGGGGUUAGUUGGAGCUCCUGGAGUCAGUGUCAAAGGAUCCAUUGUGCCAGCCUUCGUGUUAGCAAAGGAAGCUAGAUUCUGUUUUAAAAAGUAAACAGGCUGAUUUCAUUUUGGGGACUUGUCACCAGUCUGGUUUGCAAGCAGUCUCCUCCCCCAGCUGCAGAGCCAUGCCACAGCUGUGGGGACUUCGAGCUAGGCUAGAGCUCGAGGUGUCAACCCACAUCAGACUGUAGGAUUUCUUUAUUAACUAUUUAAUAAUGCCAUACAUUUUUAUAAGGUUAGAUUGUUUGUUUGAAAACAUCUGUUUACAUUCCGUAUUCCAAUAAAAUCGUAUUGGUAUUGGUAGCAGGUCCUAUCUCUAUAUGUAGAUUGUAUUUUUGUUGUUUGGUUGGUGGGAAUUUAAAAUGCAAAUAAAACUCUUACUAGAGUUGACGUUACAGAUUGAAAAUUAAAAAUAAGACCCCAAAGCCAGGAAAUGCAUUCAGUUUAGAUUCUCAUACUACUUGCCUAUAUUGCACAUUCUGUAUAUUGAUGUAUGCAUUUGUUCUACCUGAAAACGGAAGCCAAGGCAUGAGCUCUCAGCUGCACCUGUAUUCGUAUGUCAGGCAUGGAAGCCUUCUGAUGUGCCCUUCUGGGCAGCACUGUUGGUAAUUACCAGGGAGAUGUGCCGCUGUGAGUCCUUUUUGCCCCCUACCUCUCAUCUCCUCCUCUGUCAUUCUUGCCCACCCCCCCCCUUUUUUUUUUAAAGUUGCCUGUCUGGACCAGGCAGGAGGAGUAUACUGGAGGGUCUUGGUGAAGUAGUAACCCCAUUUCUUUUCCUUGGGUUCCCCAGACGCAGCGAAAUUAUCUGGAGGAGUAUAGUCAGGUGAUGGACGUACUUCUGCGUCUCUCCGUUGAUCAUGAUUUAGUCGGUGCAGACACAGCUAAGCUGCCUAUCCUGGCUCUGUGACUGUGGCUCUGACAGAAUUACUCUGACAGGAGUAAUUCUUUUUAUGCAUGGUUUACUUUUCCACCACCUAUGCUUUUCACUUCUUUUCCUGCCUUAGACAGUAUGACUGAGUUUAAAAUGCCCAUCUCUUUCUGAGUCUGGUCUUGACAACUAACUGGCUGGCUGGCUGUAGGUUCUUUCCCAAAUUGAAGUGAGUCCAGUCCUGACCUUUUCUCUUACCCAUCUCCAGAGCCCUUUUGUGGCCAGAUGAACCUAGCUCCCUGGAGAUUUCAGAGUACUUAACCUGGCUUAGGAGAUGGUCAUGAAAAGUUCCCAAAGUGGGGGGCGUGGGCAAGGAAAGAAGACGUGAGAGAGAGAAAGAGAGAGAGUGUGUGUGUCUGUGUGUUUGAGUGGGAGUCUGCUUUUAUACUUAGACUCAGCUGUGGUAUAUUUACCCACCCAAUAUCCUAUCUGGUCAGCAGAUUAUUUCUUAAGUUCAUCUCAGUAUUUUUGAUUAGCCAUUUUGUUUGCUUUGUUACUUUAUAACUGGUUAAAAGUGCCUACGAUAAGGACUUAGUUAUUUCCUAAAGAAAAGCAAAAAAUGUGGGGAACAGGGUAGUGUUACACUAUCACCUCAGGUCCUGCCUGUGUUCAACGACAUAGGCCUGGUAUGGUGAGAACAAAAUGUUCCUUUGCCAAAUACAUAUAUUAGUCUGUCAGGGCUGAUGGGCCACAAGUGAGCGUAAGUGCGAGGCUUGGCUUCAGCUGACAAGUCCCAUGGCGAGAGCAGAACUGAUGAGAUGCCCAGUGACCUUUUCACCUGCAGCUUGGUUGCAGUUCACUCUCCCCUGGAUUGUAUCAGCUGCCCGCUCCUGUCCCAUCACUGGGAGGGGACUAGGUGGGAGAAGUCAAGUGGACAGCACAGAUCAAGCAUUCCUGGGUCUUCUCACCAAUGACAGCAGUGCCGAUGGUGGCUCUCUGAGGCGCCUGCACACCGGCCGCUGCGCCGGGUUUAACAGACAUCCUCUAGCACGUCGCUGCUCCCGGGGCUCAAAGCUGCUGUGCUCCCUUGCAGAGAAGGAAGGGACUCAGACUGCUUGGCUGGAGAAGACAGAAGAGCUUGUAAUCCUUGGGGGCUCAGGCAGGAGGUGGUUAAAAGAAAGGAAACCAAUAAGAAAAACAGUCAAAGGGUAGAUCUUGAGGAGGGAGCAUGACUUCUAGACAGAAUUCAGGGACACCACCUUCACGAGCUGGAAUGGUGUCCUGAAAUGGGCACGGCGCCUGGAGUGGUUCCAGCAGGACUGGAAGUGGUGCCCUCCAGGCAGAUGCCGAGUCCCAGAGAGAGCUGGCGGCCGUGGGUCUCGGUCCACACCUACUCAGGGAAAUGACUUAGGUUCUCCCAGGUGCUGUAUUAAGGAUGGAAGCAAAACUCUUUGGGGAACACAAGCAGCAAUUGGAAGAAUUUUUUUAUAUGCACUGAAAUGGUUCUAAGAGAGCCCACUUGGCCGUUUCCCUUAAUGCCAGUUCAGACUGCAUGAUUUGUUUAGAAACCUGUGUUACUGCACGAGCACCCACAGGAUAAAGCAAAUUUCCCUCCUACAAAUAAGUAGGGGUGGAUCAUAAUGGAGCAGAGUCAAGGUCAUUGAACUCUAAGCCCUUCCAAAAGCAAAAGCAGGGUCCACAGGAGUAUAUGAGAAGCCAGAGUUUGUCAGCGAGCUUAAUCAACCUAAGAUGGCCUUACGUCCUGCUUUUAAAAAACUAAUCCCAGGGUGGGAGGGGGAGGGGAGGUGGCGGUAAAACAUCUGGCCCAGAAAAUCAGUAAUAACAACAUAUACUUCUGAGCUCUAUGGAUGUGUUCAUGGAAACGACUACGAGCAGGUGCCGUGGAGGCUGGGGAAAGUGAUGUGAUGGGUUAUACGGCUGACGAGCUGAGUACUUCUGUGUAGAGACUCAACAUGUGCUACAAAUGUGAUACUUAAUCCUGAACUGCAUGUAUUGGGGAUUGUUCAAAAAAAAUAAUAGCUUUCAUUGAAUCAAUAAAUUAACAGUUUUGCA